AGAUUCAGUUGUUUUGAUGGAUAACUCAUUCAUACAAAUGGAUGACUAGUCUUAGAGAUUGUCGUUAAAAGUACGACAAGUUUUGCAACAAAACCAUUGAUUAGUCUCUCAUAGAGUGGAAGAGAUGGCCGGACACGAGAUACCGACCAUUAUUAUGAUAUCUGCGGCCAAUCCUGAGAUACUGGACGUGAAUGAGACCAACGAUCACAUCAACCAAUACGAGGAGGAUAUGGACGUCGACUACACGACACCUCCGGCGGGAGGCCUCACACCAGUGGCCAAGUGUUGUCUUAAGAGACAGUGUUUUAACAAAUUUGCGCCACAAGUGCAGGAGGACUGCUUCAAUAGAUUUUGGUCCAUAAGAAACAAAACGAAUCAAAACUACUUUCUCGCGGGACUCAUGUCUGCGGACGAGCCGAAGCGAACCGUCCAGAACCCGGUCCGACAUAAUAAGACCGUCAGUUGGACUUACUUUGUGGACGUGAGGGGAAAGAAAGUGCAGGUCUGCCAGAACUUCGUCACAGCCGUCUACGGCAUCUCCUCCUCCAAAAUACAGACCAUUCAACACAAGCUGUUGUCCGGCUCUUCACUCGACGACUUGAGGGGCAAAUUCUCGAAACGCAAGAAACCGGAGGAAGAGUCCCAACAACGCGUCGAAGUGAUCACUCUUAACACCACUCUUCACCCCAAUCUUCACACCGCUAUUCACAACAAGAAAGUCACCAAAAAGAAAAUCAAAUGA